CCGCGUUAAGUUCUCCCCCUUUUCUUUAUAACCAAACCCUCUAACCUAUUUCAUUUGUCUAAAAAACUCUUUUACACAGUUUUCUCAGAACUAAAAUCUCCCUCUUUUUUCUUUCGAAACCCUAGAAAUCUCUUUCUGUCCGCAGAAACCCCAAAACCAAACCCUAGUAGUCGUCGUCGAAGAAGAAGACAGUAAAGAUGUUGGAACUAAGGUUGGUGCAAGGGAGUUUGUUGAAGAAAGUAAUGGAAUCAUUGAAAGAUCUAGUUAAUGAUGCAAACUUUGAUUGUUCAGCAACUGGGUUCUCUCUACAAGCUAUGGAUUCAAGUCAUGUAGCUCUUGUUGCUCUGUUACUUAGAUCUGAAGGUUUUGAACAUUAUCGAUGUGACCGUAAUAUCUCUAUGGGUAUGAAGCUCGAAAAUUUGACAAAGAUCUUGAAGUGUGCUGGUAAUGAUGAUAUUAUCACCAUUAAAGGUGAUGAUGGUGGUGAUACUGUUACCUUCAUGUUUGAAAGCCCUAGUCAGGAUAAGAUUGCUGAUUUUGAAAUGAAGUUGAUGGACAUUGAUAGCGAACAUCUUGGUAUUCCGGAUGCCGAGUAUCAAGCUAUAGUCAGGAUGCCGUCCGCUGAGUUUGCAAGGAUUUGCAAGGACUUGAGCACCAUUGGAGAUACUGUUGUAAUCUCUGUGACAAAAGAAGGUGUGAAGUUCUCCACAAAGGGUGAUAUUGGGACUGCAAAUAUCGUCUGCAGGCAGAACACAACUGUUGAUAAGCCAGAAGAAGCUACUGUCAUUGAGAUGCAGGAACCAGUAUCACUAACAUUUGCACUCCGAUAUAUGAACUCUUUCACCAAAGCAACACCAUUGUCCAACACCGUAACUAUCAGCUUGUCUUCGGAGUUGCCUGUUGUCGUUGAAUACAAGAUUGCUGAAAUGGGUUAUAUUAGGUUCUACCUGGCUCCCAAGAUUGAAGAAGAUGAGGAAGAUACAAAGCCCCAAGUUUGAGAGGCAGCGAUACCAUUAUCCCUUGUUCUAGUAAAUGAGUCCUUAAUCGCUCUUCACUUUGUUUGAAGUAGUUUUACUGUUUCUUAAGUAGAUUUUCUUUUUCUUUUUUUUUAUGAAUCCUAGUGGGUAGAAUUUGAGAUUGAUCAUCCUAAAAUGUUAAAAUGUUUUAAGAGUCUCAGGCCUGUUUGGAUAAUUUGUUAAUUAGGUGUGCCUCUUACAUUCAAAGUUUGUGUAGUCUUAAUGCUUGACCAAGUUUAAAAAAUUAAGUCUAGUUUCUUUAUAAUGAUCAUGUUUA